ACAAAUCCAGAUUCUUCUCCCUCUUCAUUAUCACUAUCUGCUCUUCCUGAAAAAAGACACAUUGAAGCAGAGAGAGAGAAAAAGAGGUUUGUAAUGCAAAAUAUGCAGGGGAAGUGACACGUCUUUUGCCUUGUGUCUGAAAAAGAUCAAACAAAGGAGACUGAAACUGGCCUUGGUUUUGGUCAAAUCUGAGCUAAGAGGAGUAAUAAAAAAAAAGAAAUAACAAGUUGGUCUUCAACAGUGUUGAGAAGAAGAGGACCCCACAAAAUGGAAGAGUUAGAUACAUCACAUGCAGUUUCUCAGAUUUUACCUCAAUCUCCUUGAACAACAUCAACUGUUGCAUUCAUGUUCUGACUCAUCUCCUCACAGUCCCACUCACUUCAAUAUAAUCUGUCAGUGAAGACCACAAUGAUUUAGACCAAGUUAGAGAGAUAAAGACGGAACCUUUUGAGCUGUGAGCUUCAUUUUGGGUUUGAUUAGGGUCUGGUGAGGAAGUAAGAAGAAGGUACAGCAAAAAUGAGGGGAGAAGAAGAACCAGAAGAAGCAAGCUUAGUGGGAUUAACCAUAAGAACAUCAUCACCAGCAAGCUCUUCAAGUAAAAAAGGUAAAGAUCUCCACACAAAUGAUGCCUCGGAUUCAUCUCCAAGUAUCAAAAACUCUCCUUUCAAUUCACCUUCUCUUGUGUCCCCACCAUCUUCUGCUUUUGUUUCCGCUUUACAAUCUCCUUAUAUAUCCCCAAGAGCCACACAACCCAUUACCACCACUCACAAGCCAUCACCGCCUGUUUCUUACAAAGGCUCACAAUCUGAAGAUGUACCAAGCAGCUCCUACACUCCUCCUUCUGACCAGUAUGAGUUUUCCGAUGACCCAUCAGAUCGGAAGCUCAAGUUAUCAGCUUGUACUCCAGAUCCUGCUCCUCCAAGGAUCUCAUUCUCUUUCCCUGUUCCUAGGGUUUCCUUAGCUAAAGUCUCUGUUUCUUCGCCUGCAACUAACACCAAGCUCAGGAGCUCCGAUGUCUUCAUAGGGUUCCAUGGACAAAACCCAAACUUGGUGAGAUUCUGCAAAUGGUUAAAGUCAGAGCUUGAGCUUCAGGGUAUCGCUUGUUUCGUUGCGGACAGAGCUAAGUAUUCGGACACACAGAGUCAUGAGAUCGCUGACAGAGUUAUCUGCUCCGUUACUUAUGGGAUUGUGGUUGUCUCUUGUUCGAGCUUGCUCAACUAUCUUAGCUUGGAGGAAGUUAGGUUCUUCGCUCAAAAGAAGAACUUGAUCCCAAUUUUCUAUGGAACUGGACCUUCUGAGAUAAUGGGUCUUCUCAACUGUAAUGCCAUAGAUAAAGAGUGUAAAGAAGCCAUUGAUGGGUUGAUUAAGUCCCAUGAGUUUAAACUCGAAGCUAAUGAGAGUAACUGGAGAAGCUGUGUGGCAAAGACCGCGACCAUUCUCAGGGGAAAGCUUGGGAGGAAGAGUGUGGUUGAUAAAGAGACAGUGGAUAGGAUCGAUGAGCUUCCUUUUCCGAGAAAUAGAUCUUUUCUUGGCAGAGAGAAAGAGAUGACGGAAAUGGAGAUUGCUUUCUUUGGCAAUGGAGAGUAUCUAGAGUCUACAACACCAAGCACUAAAGGAGAAGCAAGUGGACAAUCUGAAGGACUUGCAGAUGAGGAAUCAGAUGUUGUAUCAACUAGAAAUGGGAAAUUUAUCAGCUUGGAGCUUGGAAAAUGCUCAGAGCCAAGAUCUGAGGCUUGGAGUGAUCCAAACGGUGGGAAAAACUCGCUUAAAAGACUGUUGAAGACUAAAAAAUAUAGAAACAGUAAUAACUGCAAAGGUAGCACAAGUGUUGUUUGCGUAAAUGGAGUUCCUGGGAUUGGGAAGACAGAGUUGGCUCUUGAAUUCGCUUACCGGUAUUCUCAGAGGUAUAAGAUGGUGUUGUGGGUCGGAGGGGAAGCUCGAUACUUCAGACAGAACCUGUUGAAUCUGUCAUUUAGUUUGGGGCUUGAUAUGAGCGCGGAUGCUGAGAAGGAUAGAGGUAGACUACGGAGCUUUGAUGAACAAGAGUUUGAAGCGUUUAAGAGGAUAAAGCGUGAGCUUUUCAGAGACAUGCCUUAUCUUCUGGUCAUUGAUAAUCUUGAGAUAGAAAAAGAUUGGUGGGAAGGGAAAGAUCUGAAUGAUCUGAUUCCAAGAAACACCGGAGGUACUCAUGUGUUGAUCACUACUAGACUUCCUAAAGUCAUGACCUUUGAUACAGUGCAGCUCUCUGUAUUGCCUUCGUCUGACGCAAUGGUGUUGUUGAGAGGAAGAAGAAAGAAAGAUUACCCGGCUGAGGAGGUUGAGAUCCUCAAGCUUUUCGAAGAGAAACUGGGACGUUUGAGCUACGGUCUUUGGGUGAUAGGAUCAUUGCUUUCAGAGCUUUCAAUUCCACCUUCUGCGCUCUUUGAAGCUGUGAACAAAGUUCAAAUCGAAGAACGUUCAGCCUCGCCUUUUGUGAACUUAAACGAUGAGCAGUAUUGCAAAUCCAAUCCAUUCGUUGCAAAGGUCUUAGCUUUCGUUUUGGCUGUUUUGGAGCAAGCUGAAGGUAACAGAAACCUUCUCUCACUGAAAAUGCUACUAGUGGGAGCUUGGUUUGCGCCAGUCCCUAUCCAUGUUAACUUGUUAGCAGCAGCGGCUAAAAACAUGCCCACAAGUGGAAAUCGGUUUAGCAAAUGGAACAAAUGUUUGAGUCACACAUUUGCUUGGUGCGGUGGUUGUGGUCUAGGACGCAGAAGCGAAGAGGAUGCUGCGUUUUUACUAGUCAGAUUAGGACUAGCGAGGAUGACUAAUAGACAACCUGGGUGUUGGAUUCAGUUUCAUCCAAUAACUCAAACUUUUGCGAGGAGAAGAGACUACAUACUUGCACCCAAGGCAACAGUUCAAGGCGUGAGGAAAAUCGAUAACCCGUUGUUGAAUCUUGAUCACUUAUGGGCUUCAGCAUUCUUAGUAUUCGGAUUCAAAUCAGAACCUCCUUUGGUCCAACUACAAGCCAUGGAUAUGGUACUUUACAUCAAGAGAACAGCACUUCCUUUAGCAAUCACAGCUUUCACAAAGUUUUCAAGGUGCAACUCUGCGCUGGAGCUCCUCAAAGUAUGCACCAAUGUGUUAGAGGAAGUGGAGAAGUCGUUUGUGUCUCAAAUACAAGAUUGGCGCCAAGGCUCACUCUGUUGGAAGAAGAAGACUAGCAAGAAGGUGGAUGAAUACGUGUGGCAGGAUGUUACAUUGUUGAAAGCUUUAUUGCUAGAGACCAGAGCGAAGCUGCUGCUACGAGGCGGACAUUUCGAUAGUGGAGAAGAACUUUGCAGGACUUGUAUCAGUAUCAGGACGGUGAUGCUUGGCCAUAACCAUGAGCUCACUUUGGCUGCUCAAGAAACGCUGGCAAAGUUAGUCAGAAUGAGAAGCAAGAUAUGAAACACACACGUAAAAACAUUUCUCCUGGCUGUUUCCACAAUUACUCUUAAUCUCAGUUUUGUUGAAGACAGUAAAUCAUGUAACGGUUACUUUAAAAUCAGUUAAGAACAAUCUUAUUUCUAUGUACAUUACCAACUUCCUUU